UGAGACCCUAGAGAGAUCUAACCAAAACCAAAUGUUCCCUUUUCCCCCUGAACAAUUUAUUUUUGUUCAUUAAUAAAGUGAAGAAAUCCAACACCCAACAACUAGCCGAAAGAAGAAGCAAUUUCUGGAAUGCAAAAACUGCGUGACGGUUUCAUUGGGUUGUUGAGAUUUUAAUUCCCCCACCGCCGAUCUUUAAACGCCCACCAGGGCAAUGCGGGCUGCUGUUUUGAUUUUGGGGAUUUCAUGAGAAAUUUGGGGAUUCCGAUGCCAUGUUGUGUUUGAGAGAGAAACUGGAAUGGAGGUUAGAUCUGGGGAGGGUGGUGUACAUGUCCGCUGCGACAAGCUUCCGUCGACGCCGGUGAUCCCCAGGACGCGGCUUCAGGUUUGGUUCAUCAGGUUGUGCUCUAGCUUGUUUCUUUGGACUUGUUUGGUUCAGUUAGUCGCCGUUGGUGGGCUAUGGCAUCCGCAUUUGCUCUCCAAUAUCAGCAAUCGCAUUUCCCAGGUUACUCUCGCUCCGGCCGUCCCCGGAGUACUGUCCCCGCCGCCUCUCCUUCCUGCGAGAAAUUAUACAAGUAAUGGGUUUCUUAGAGUUUCGUGCAAUGGGGGCUUGAAUCAAAUGCGUGCUGCGAUUUGUGACAUGGUGACUGUUGCUCGGCUUUUAAAUCUCACUUUGGUUGUCCCAGAGCUUGAUAAGACGUCUUUCUGGGCUGAUCCUAGUAAUUUUGAGGAUAUAUUUGAUUUGAGACAUUUCAUUGAUUCACUGAGAGAUGAAGUCCGAAUUGUCAGAAGACUGCCAAAGAGCUUUAGUAGGAAAUAUGGGUAUAAACCAGUCGAGAUGCCUCCUGUUAGUUGGUCAAAUGAAAAGUACUAUCUUGAACAGAUUUUGCCACUUGUUAGCAAGCAUAAGGUGUUGCACUUUAAUAGAACAGAUACACGCUUGGCAAACAAUUGGUUACCUCUUAAUCUUCAGCGACUCAGGUGUCGUGUAAAUUUCCAGGCACUGAAGUUCACUCCAAAAAUUGAGUCUUUGGGUUACAAAUUGGUACGUAUACUUCAAGAAAAGGGACCUUUCGUGACUUUGCAUCUGAGGUAUGAGAUGGAUAUGCUGGCCUUCUCUGGUUGUACUCAUGGCUGCACCGCUGAAGAAGCUGAGGAGCUCAAACGUUUAAGGUAUGCAUAUCCAUGGUGGAGAGAAAAAGAGAUAGUGUCGGAAGAGAAGAGGUCUCAAGGUUUGUGUCCUCUGACACCAGAGGAAAGUGCCUUAAUUUUGCAAGCAUUGGGCUUUAGCAAAGACACACAGAUCUACAUUGCAGCUGGUGAGAUUUAUGGCAAUGAUAGGAGACUUGCACCGCUAAGAGCGGCGUUUCCCCGAAUUCUGAAGAAAGAAACACUUCUCGCACCAGAGGAGUUGCAACAAUUUCAGAAUCAUUCGUCUCAAAUGGCUGCUUUGGAUUUUAUGGUUGCGGUAGCCAGUAAUACUUUUGUCCCUACCUAUGAUGGAAACAUGGCAAAACUUGUUGAAGGUCACCGUAGGUAUCUUGGUUUCAAGAAAAGCAUCUUGCUAGAUCGGAAAAAACUUGUCGAAUUAUUAGAUAUGCAUUUAAACGGGACACUUUCAUGGCAUGAGUUCGCACUUUCUGUAAGAUCCGUCCAUGAGAGAAGAAUGGGACAGCCAAGUCGGCGAUUAGUUAUCCUGGAUAAGCCAAAGGAAGAAGACUAUUUUUAUGCAAAUCCUCAGGAGUGCCUCUGCGUGGGAAUGAAUUGUGAUGACUUGCUAAACCCUGGUAACUUAACUAAACCUAGGUGACUGCAACUGCAAGCCGUCAAAAGCUGGAAUCAGCUUCCACGGAAUUGUUUGAGAGCGGUCGACAGUCCAUGUUGCUUUCAUAUUAGUAAGCAUGCAGCAAUGUACACACACAGAUAAGAGUUUUGUAGGAAAUGCAUAAAGAAUGCACUCGAGUUCCCAAUUUGGGCGUCAACAAAGAUACGUGGUAUUCAUUUGUUCCCAUUCAUCAAAUCAAUGUCCAUAUAUUUAUUUGUUU